AUGAAGCGCGGCCAAGCAACGGGGUGGAAAUCCAGAGGGGAAACAGCUCUUCUUGGUGGUUUUUGAGAAGUUUCGGGGUCGGGAAUCAGUGCAAACCUAACUCGAUGAAGUCUCGGGGACGCAGCGUGCCCACAGGCUCAGCGGCCUGGGCAGGUCACACUCCAGGUCCCGGGUCACUCCUGGGGCUCAGACUUCGGCUUAGGGUCCCCAAGACCUUCCUCAUACUACAAGUUGUUGUCCUUCUGUUCCUGAGCCUCGGAGAUACAGUGACAGCUGAGCCAGUCGGUGAUCUACACACUGACCUCCAGAGAGCCGGUCAGAGCCCAUCAGAAAUAAAGUGUCAACCAGGCUCCUACCUGUCACCUGAGACCAGGGCUUGCAAUCCCUGCACGGAUGGUAUAGACUAUACCAGCUCUCUCAACAGCCUGGCCUCAUGCAGACCCUGCAGCGACUGUAAGGAAGAUAAAGAGGAAAAAAGCAAAUGCAACUCCACCCAGGACACGGUGUGUCAGUGUAAACCAGGCACCUUUGAAGAUGAAAACUCUCCUGAGUUCUGCCAGAGAUGCUCUGAGUGUACCAACGGAGAAGUUGAAAAGACUCCUUGUACCCCAAAGACAAACCGGAAGUGUGACCCCAAAUACUCAUUCUUAGGCCUCAUCAUAGGACUUGUGGUAUCUCUGCUGGCAAUUGUAGCUUUGGCUAUAAUUUUGAAGACUGGGGUCUGGAAGCGAGUAUUGCAGUAUAUGAAAAGAGCCUACCCAGGCCGUGAACGGAACCCUGAAAGUGCAAGCGCUGUGAAUGUGUCUCUCAUGAGAAUGCAGACAUCCAGCAUGGGAAGUGACUCUCACUGCAACACGGAGCCUGAGGAAACUGUGAGUUCUCCAACAGGAAGGAAGUUGCUGGGUCCAGCAAAGGGAAUCGACGCAGUUGAUGCCCUGAAGCAAAUCUUCAGUUACUGUCCAAACGUUGUACCCUAUAACUCCUGGAACAGCCUCAUGCGACAGAUGGGCCUCACAGACAAUGAGAUUCAAGUGGUCAGAGCUGAAACACCAGCCCUACGAGAAGUCUUGUACCAAUUGCUGCUGAGGUGGCUCAACCAGACGGGCCGGGGGGCCUCCAUCAACCAUUUGCUGGAUGCCUUGGAGGCCGUGGGAGAGAGGUGUGCCCGGCACGAAAUUGAAGACCAUGCCGUGAAAUCUGGAAAGUUCCUUUAUCAACAGGCUACAGCAGAGCCAGGCAUGGUGACACACGCCAGCACUGAGGAGACAGAGCUGGGAUAAUCUCUAUGAGUUCAAGACCAGCCUGGUCUAUAUGGUGAACUCAGUAUAGCUAGGAUUGUGUAGAGAAGGCCUGUCUUAAAAGAAGAGGAAGCUGCAAUGGGUCUAAAGACCUUCAGUGACUUUAGAAUUAAUUUUAUUUUAUCUUUAUGUAUUUAUUGUCAUAUUACUGUAUUAUUGUCAUACUGGAAGCUAGACCCAGAGCCUUGUGAAUACUAGGCAAGCACUGAACACUCAAAUGCAUCUGCAGCAUCUUGGUUUGCCAUUGGCAGGGUAUGGUAGAACCAGCCUGUCUUUCUGGCCCUCCAGAGGUGGAGCCAGGAAGAUCAAGAGUCUGAGGUCAGUUGGGCUACAUGAGAACCUGUAAUGUGCAUUAUUGGUAAAUUAUCAUAUGCUGUCUAAACGUGUUGAGAGCCGACUAUGGAAACAAAGAGGGUGUUCCUGUCCCAGGGUCUAACAUGUUCAUUUCACAUGUCUACCAAGACCCCUUGUCCACAGACAAACUGCCCCUGCCCCCACCCCCCCCACCUCCCUGUGACAGAGGGAAGCACAAAACAGCCCGAGUAUAGAAAUUUUAGCUGUCCUUGAGAACAGCUAAAAGGUCACCAGUUUCCAACCAAGGUGACUGCUCUUUAUUGUUAGCCUCCAAUCCAACCAGACUGCUGCUCAACCACACAGCUGCACAGCUCCCCUGGCUCACAGGCUGAGGGUCUGUCUGGAAUCUAACUCCCAGGUGAACCGAUUUCUCACUCCCUCCAGUGUGUUUGCUGGUCUGGACACACAGAGAACAUAAAAAGCGCUACCUGUGGCAACCCAUCCCCCACCCCCUUUCCUACCUCCUGCUGGGGAAUCAGUGGCAUCCUGCCUCCAAGUGCCUCUGAGACCCCAAAGAAACAACUUCUGUUUUGUUCCAUGGCCUCAAUUCUCCUUAGUCUGGGUUCCAGUCCUCCUUUACACAUACCUGACCUGUCUAGGUGUGGAUAACUGGGUCUUUUAAGCUAUACCACUUUAUAUUUCUGUUUGUCUUUGUCUUAUGGUUCUGGGUACUGGAUGCAGGUCCCAGUUCAUGCUUAGCACUUUCUUUGCCACUGGGCUGCAACCCCAGUUUAUUAAUCUGUAAGUUUAAUGACUUUAUAGUUGUCUAUAAAUACUUACAUGUUUACAGGUAGGUGUUGCCAGAUGAGUCAAGACUUGGGAACUGUAUCCACUGUGGUAGACAUGGCUGGUCCAUGACCUGCCAUUGGUGAUGGGUAAUCUUGAUUAGACAGUGAGAGGCUGGGCCAGGGAGAUGGCUCAGCAGAUAAAGGUGCUUGCUACCAAGCGUGAUGACCCAAGCUCUAUCCCCAGAAACCAUAUGAUGGGAGACGAGAACAGACUCCUACAAGUUGUCUUCUGGCCCCUGUAUGUGUGAUGUAGCAUAAGCGUGUGUGUGUGUGUGUGUGUGUGUGUGUGUGUGUGUGUGUGUACACAAAGUAAAUGUAAUUUUUAAAAUCCAGUUGAGAGGCGCCUAGGAGAUUGUAGCACACAUUUUUGGGGGUGUCUGCGAGGGUGUUUCCAGAGAGGAUUGACAUGUAGAACAGCAGCUGAGAUGGGAAGACUUGCCAUAGAUUGAGUAGCACUGUCCAAUAGGCUGGGGCCGGGAAUGGGAUGAAAGAGGGAGGAGGAGGCAGCCAGCCAGUGCUGGCAAACUUUGUUCUUCAUGGUCUGUCGGAUGCUGCCACCAUCACCAGGAGCACCCUUCUCCAGCCUCUCUGAUCUUUCCACACAGACUCAACCCCAGCGACUCUCCAAGGCGUCUCAGACCGUCAGCCUUGGUUUGGGGUAUCUUUUGACUCCUCUUAUUUGAACUGAGAAGCUACAGGGCCCUGUGGUUCUAGGCAUGUAAGCCCAUUUCAUGAGUCCCCUUUUACAGUGUUCUACUGCUGGUUCCUAUCUAGACUUCUCAUCUACGGCUGGGGUGAGGAGAUGGGACGUAAGUUAGGCCAGAGGUGCCUAAUAAGCUCACGUGCAUUUAAUGUCAGUGACUCUGAGUCCUUCCUGGGGUCAAGGGAGGAGGGGACAGAGACUUGCUCCUGAUAGCUGCAUGCUCUCAGGGAUGGCAUAUAUGAAUGUGAAAUACUAGUAACUCAUGAAUUCUCAGUCCUAGUGAAUCAAGCCCUGGGGCAUAUUGGGGCAUAGAAACCCAUACUUGAGGACCGUGAUCUCUGUAAGCACCUGAGCAUUGUACAGUACUAAACAUUGAAAUGUCAAUUCUUUGGGUUUUGGUUUUGAGUCUGGGUCUUGGCUAUGAAUCCCAGACUGCUCUCACCCACAAUCCUCCUGCCUCAGCCUCCUUCAAACUGGAAUUACUUGUGUGCAUCACCAUAGCCAUAUAUAAUUAUUUUUAAAAUGCUGUGAUAGGGAUUUCUGGAGAGCUGGCACAUUCAGAUUUUUGUCCUGUGUCGAUUCCUAUUCUGUAUUUAAAAACUAAUUUGUCUUUGAGACAGAUUCUAAAUAUGUAUAUAGCCUUAGCUAAUCUUGAAUUCACUAUGCAGAUAAGGAUGGCCUCCAAUUCAGAGAUCUGCCCGCAUCUGCCUUCCAAGUUCUGGGAUUAAAUGGGUAUGCCACCACUGGGAGGU